CACGGGAAGUGAUAUGACUGGGUAGCAUGACGGGAUCGUCGCCAACAGACUAACUUCGAUACUACCUACCUUAUGAGGCGGCUGCGUCCGUUCUCUGCCGCAUCUCUCUGCCACAUCUUCUCGUCUCCUUCUCGCUCUUCAUUUUUUUUCCUCUUGUUUUGGGCAGUGCUCCCUAGGUAGCCUUUGGUGGCCGUGUCUCUAUGUUGUUGGCGAAGCAAUGCUGUUCAUGACCUCACGCCUCGUGCUUGCCCUCGGGGCCGCAAGUGUCCUGGCGGCCGACUGUCCUUCGCCUCUGUCUUUUCCCAUCACGACCAAGCAGAUCGAUCCAAAAGUCCCCGACUCGUUUAUGAGAGGUAUUGCCGUGACGAUCGGCACUCCUGAACAAACCAUACUAGUGAAUGCCUGGCCGGAUCUCAACAACACUUACAUAUACGAUCAGCAGAUGCUCUGUGACCCGAGCAUCAUAUGGAACGAUGAGAUCUGCUUUGUCCGAAGGGGAGGUAUUUACCACGAAGAGGACUCGACAUCCUUUACAAAGUACAAUGAUUUCGCCUCAGCCGGCGGGGCCACCAACGAGAUCACCACCACGGGCACUGAACUUGGUGUGAAGAAGCUCCUUACAUCCUCGCUUGCGGGUGUCGAGAAACUUUCGGUUGGCGGCUCCGACUCUUCCUCCGUCACCAUGCCGAUUGGCAUCCCAAGGCUAAGAUGGGACGGUGGCUACACCAUCCUUCAUGCGCUCGGACUGGGAGCCAAUUCGACCUACCUCAACGCCCUUAGCCAGAGCAACAAAAUCCCGUCAAGGGUGUGGUCUUAUUUCUGGGGUCGCCAAUGGGGCAACGGCGCGCCCCUGGAUGGGUCAAUUGUAUUCGGCGGCUACGACGAGGAGAAAAUCAUUGGAAGGAAUUAUACGCAGUCACUUGACUACAGUGAGUCGACGGGAUGUUGGACGGGUAUGAAGGUCACGAUAUCUGAUCUCGUACUCAACUACCGGAAUGGAGAUGACGAGAGCAUCAUGCCGCGUAACUCGGCCAUUCCGGUUUGCAUUGUACCGCAAAGACAGUUACUCUUGGAGGCUCCCGGAUUUGUCGUCGAUAACUUUGAAAAGGCAACCGGCAUGGUCAAAAAUGGCGAAUCUUUCGGGCUCUACUGGGGCAGCCAGGUAUACAACAACACAGCUAAUCCAUCAUACUACGACGGGGACCUUACCAUAGCGCUAUCAAACGGACUCAGUAUCCGGAUUCCCAACAGCCAGCUUUUAGUCCCGUCCGAGGAGAUUGCUCGCAACGGAUCCUUCGUCACCACUCCCGACCGCAUGGAACUGCCCAUCAACCGCCUGGGAACUCAACCCGCUACCCUCGGCCGCUUCUUCUUCACCUCGGCUUAUCUCAUGGUAGAUCACGAGGCCGACACCUUCACCUUGUGGCAAGCCAACCCCGCAUCCAAAAGCAACCUCGUCACCAUCAACCAUGCCAAAGACUCCUGCGCAAGCGAGCCUAUUUCUACAGAUGGUGGUGCUUCUAAUAGUACAUCCGGCAGUGCCGACAACGCGGGAGCUGGAUCUGGAUCUGGAAGAGACGGAUCCGGGGACAACGGCGCUCCGGUAAACCUCAACAUCGCCGCUAUUGCCGGAGGAGUGGCAGGCGGUGUUGCCGCCCUGGCCCUGAUCGGUGCCGUGGCCUUCUUCCUCGUGCGACGACGACGGAGGGCCAGCAAUGCUCAGCCCGACAAGAGCCCCGGAGACAUGACAGACGGACCUGCAUUCUAUGCAGAUGGGCAUCGCCUCGCAGUAGGUGAACUGGAAACUCAGUAUCAGCCGAGCGUUGGCGAGUUACCGGCACCGCCAAACUACAAGUAUCCUACCGUCGGAGUGCAACAAUAUAACCCCAACACAACACAAACACAACAGCCUCAUUAUUACGGAGAGUACUAUAACAAGCCUGCAGAGGUGGAAGCGGGUUGGGCUUAUGAGAUGGACGGCAGUAAUAGACCCGGGCCGCCCGCGGAGCUUUCCGGUGGCACUCCACGGUUGUCUUAGGUAGAGAGGACGGGAGAAUGAGGAAGUGCCUUCACGCAGCGACGACGAACAUCAAUAAUGCAUAAUAUUCUACAUGUAC